AUGAUUCCAACCGGGAGCCGCGGCGAAACUCGUCUCCGGCGGCCUAAGCAGGCAUUCUCGGAGGUAUCGCCUAACCGAGUGGUUCCGAAGCCGGUGCCUCAGAGCCAAGUUCAGAACGCCAGAGGGUAUCAUAUCGAGCAGCUGAGGCGCCGGUAUUCCCCAAAGGAGACGACCAACGAAAACGGGGGCACAUCUCUCCUAUUCAAGCUGCGCCCUUCAGACCCGGACUUCCCCUUUGAGCUCGACCAUUUGGAGUGCGACCUCCUUGUCCCUGCCGGAUACCCCAAGCAACCACCACAGCUGAGGAUCAAGAAUAAGGACAUCCCGCGUGGCUUCAGCAUCAACAUCGAGAAGGGAUGGGACAGGCUGGUUGAGGAGAGACGUGGCGCCACUCUCCUGACCUUGACGAACGCGUUGGACAGGAAGCUCGAAGAGCUUCUCUCCGAACAAAAGUCCGAGACGGUGAAGUUGACCAUCUUCAAAGACACGAGACAUCUGAACACUGCUUCACCAUCGAGCGUCCCCGAAACGCCUUCAGCCAAGCCUUAUGUUCCGCCUAGGCGCUAUGUCCCAGAGGAGACCUUCACGAGGGAGCAGAUUGCCGAGGCCAAGGCGAGGCGCGCUCAGGAGACGAGGCAGCUGGAGUCUCGGAUGGGUCGCUUGCCCCUGUACAGCAAGUCCAACGACGGCAUCGUCUACACCUUACCUCUAGAACCGAGACGGCGGACCGAGCUGCCUCCAGGGCUUAAGCCGACCAAGUCUGUCCAACUGAUCAUCCCCGUUCUCUACCCCCUGCAACCUCCCCGUGUCCUCCUGAAUGACGUCGAGUCCAAGGAUGCCGAGGGGGUGGAGGAGUUGUUUACGGCAAAAGCGGUCGAACAGAAGCAGAUGACCCUGAUGAGCCACCUCAAUUUUCUUGCGCAGAACAUACACACUCUAGCAAGGCAGGCUCAGGCCUCAGCAGCAGAGAAGGAAUCUGGAGAAGCGGAGUCCGCCGUGGAAGAUGUAUACAUCAAGGCAAAGGAAGCCGAACAUAGUUCGGCGCUCGGGGGAGACGACAGGAGCCACAUCCAGGUGAUACCACGCCCCCCGGAGUGGUGCGCGGGCGAGGAGUCAGAUGGCUCGUCAGGGUCCGAAGAUGAGGACUAUUCGUACGAUGAAGAGGACGAAGAGGACGGGGGCGCCACGCUCGGCGAGCCCAGUUCUGCGCAGCCUCCAGCAACGGGACAGACGGCCGAGCGCGGGACGGCGCUGACUUUCCCCUCGAUAGAGCUGCGCGGAAUCGAGUUGCUGCAAGUCUCGAUCCUCAGUCUUGGCGUGAGGUGCGAACGGUGCAAGACAAUCAACGAGAUCAGCGGCCUCAAGGACAACGUCGAGAAGACAGGCAGCUGCAGGAAGUGCACCAGUGGCUUUGUUGUCAAGUUCAGACCGGAGCUCGUCCACCAGAACUCGAUACGCGCGGGCUUUAUUGACGCAGCAGGGUGUACGGUGACGGAACUUUUGCCUAGCACCUUCAUCCCCACCUGCGCAACUUGCUCGACGCCCUCGGGCGGCCUGGUCUCAGUCCGGGGCGAGAUGACGACCAACGUGUGCCGGGAAUGCCACAGCCGCUUCACCUUCAAGCUCCCAGAGGUGAAGUUCCUAGCCUACGCGCCGGGUACCUCAAGCCUCCGACUGCCGGUCCGGGGCGCCGGUCCGGGGCGCGACGCCGGCCGGCAGCACAGGGCAGGCGAGGCGCUCCCGGGCCACGGGGCGUGCGAGCACUACCGGCGCAGCCACCGGUGGUUCCGGUUCUCGUGCUGCGGGCGGGUGCACGCGUGCGACCGGUGCCACGACGGGGCCGAGGACCACGCGCACGAGUGGGCCGCCCGCAUGGUCUGCGGCUGGUGCGGCCGCGAGCAGACCUACCGCCCCGAGAGCUGCGCCUUCUGCGGGAGGGGCGUCGUCGGCCGGCGCGGGGGCGGGUACUGGGAGGGCGGCAAGGGGACGCGGAAUAGGCGCCUGAUGAGGAAGGGGGAUAGCCGGAAGCACAAGCGGGUUGGCGGCUCUGAGGCCGCGAAGGGGUGA